AUGUUCAAAUUUACCGAUGCUUCCCCUUUCCGCGUCUUCACGACCUCAACGGACAGGCCUUGCGCCGUGCUCGAGCAGUAUCCUGAUAACCUCUUCGUGCUCACCUUCCACCGCGCGGCUCAUCGCCGAUACGCCUUUGUCAAACCCUCGGUCUACGUCAGCUCCCGGAGUCUCGCGAUCCCUAUCCUCGGCGUUGAUAUCAGCCCCGUGCCUGAGCAAAUGCCGGGCAAUGGAUUCGUGGCCCCCGUCGACAGCGCGGUGCAGCGCGCCCCCGUGGUGACCAAGGAUGAAUCGCGUCGGGCUCCGCGCUCGAGGAGGAACCUGACCACCGCUUCGUGCCCUUCCGUGCUCACCGAUCCUAGGCAUACUGCGGCCUCGGAUAAGACGGAGCUCCUGUUUUACUUCUGCACUCACCAAGAUGAGCAACGCAACAGCGCAGGCGCCGUCCUUCGGAGUUUGGUGUUUCAACUCCUUAAAAAACGCCCAGGCUUGUACAAGCACGUCUCUCCCUUUUUCGAAGGUGAGGAACGGACACAAAAGACGAGAGAAUCUGAAGACGCUCUUUGGAUCAUCCUCAGCACACUUCUUCGAGCUCCAGACUGCGCUACCAUCUUUUGCUUGAUAGACGGCCUGGAUGAGUGCGACGCUAUGUCCAUAAAGUUUCUCGCUGCCAAGUUCCGCGGUCUCUUCUCUGCACAGGGCACUGCGCAGUCUCGCAGGACCCUCCACUUGGCGAUUGUGAGCCGCGCGAUCGCCGAUCUAGACACAUUCACCCAAAUACAUCUAGAUCCACACAACGACGAAUUCGUCAACCGCGACCUAGAACGUCAGCACGUCUCCCUUAUCCACCAGUCGGCACGCGAGUACCUGCUGCGGAAAGAGGCGGACGGUGACCCACUGCUAGAGGAGUUCCGCCUCAAAGAAGACAUUUGCCAUGCCAUCUUGGCCAGGAAAUGCCUUGAUCACAUCGAAGAGAGUGAGCUUCGCGACAGACCUCUGCCCACAAAGAGACUGCCCCGAGCCGCCCUGGAAAAGUCCCCACUGUUGCCAUACGCCGUUAAGCAUUGGCCAGACCACGCGAGGCGUGCUUCCGCCCGCCUGGACUGGGAUAGGGAGAUUAAAAGGCCCUUUUUCCAGGAUAAUUCCAACUCGCAAAAGAACUGCCGCGCCUUCACGCUGCGCAAGCCUGCCAACGAAAAGGACGGCGGAGGCUCAACUGCGCUUUACUACGUUACAUAUGACGCGCACGAAGCCGUGGUACGACUGCUGCUCGACCACGGCGCCGACGUCGACGCGCCGUGUUUCAGGGGCAUCACGGCGCUUACGGAAGCCUCGCGGAGUGGCGACCUAGUUCUGGUACGGAUGCUGGUCGAGCGCGGCGCCAAGGUGAACGCGGGAUGGAGCAGGUAUAAUUCCGUCCCGAGGAUGCAGCUGAUAGUUCUCCAGAUGGUUAGCCUGGCCCUGAAGCCGGAUUCCGACACAAUGUUUUCAUCGGUUCAGCGGCCGGGGCUUCACACCUUUGCUCGCUGCGAGGAAUAG